UCCGUAACGCUGCCACCAAACCCGUAUUCUUCUUCUUCUUCGUCUUCUUCUUCUUCCUGAGCUUCGCCUCCUCGUUCCACUCCGAUCGCUAUAGAAACGCCAUCCGCCCGCACUCGCUCCUCCGCUUCCGCUUCCGCUUCCGCUUCCGAUUCACUGCGGAGAAGCGGGUUGGGAGGAAAAGGCCGACCUCUGGGUUCCCUAUUCCGUGCUUUUUCUUGCUGAAUCUGGAGGUUUUGUGGAUGCGUGCGGAAGGAGGAGAUGGGAAACUGCCUGAACCCUUCGCCGCGGAUCGAGAGCGCCCACUCCCCGCGAGACGCCUCGUAGUCUUCAAAAGCCGCCAGCAGUAAGAGAAGUUUGUUCUCAGUCUCCUCGAGUCGGACAUCAUACUCAAUCUCCUCGACUCAUUCUGGACAAUCCUUCACUGACAAACCGAGCAGCAUGACUCUUCCUACGCCAAGAUCUGAAGGUGAAAUAUUAUCAUCCUCGCAGUUGAAGAACUUCACAUUCAACGAAUUGAGGAAUGCCACCAGGAACUUUCGACACGACAAUCUACUUGGAGAAGGAGGAUUCGGUUAUGUUUACAAAGGUUGGAUCGAUGAGCAAACGUUCUCUGCUUCAAAACCAGGCUGUGGAAUGGUUGUUGCUGUCAAGAAGCUCAAACCUCAAAGCUUCCAAGGACACAAGGAAUGGCUGACAGAGGUUGAUUACCUAGGCCAGCUUCACCACCCCAAUUUGGUUAAGCUCGUCGGUUAUUGUUCAGAGGGGGACAACAAACUUCUCGUCUAUGAGUUCAUGUCUAAAGGCAGCUUGGAAAAUCACCUGUUUAGAAGAGGCGCUCGGCCGCUACCUUGGGCGACUAGGAUCAAGGUUGCAAUUGGAGCUGCUAGAGGACUCACUUUUUUGCAUGAUGCUGAAUCUCAAAUUAUAUAUCGAGAUUUUAAGGCAUCAAAUAUUCUCCUUGACUCGGAGUUUAACGCGAAGCUAUCAGAUUUUGGCUUGGCAAAAGCUGGACCAACCGGCGAUAAAACACACGUAUCGACUCAAGUCAUAGGUACUCAUGGUUAUGCAGCUCCUGAAUAUAUUGCUACAGGUAGACUCUCGGUGAAAGCAGAUGUCUAUAGCUUUGGAGUCGUAUUGUUGGAGCUGUUGUCUGGAUGCCGCGCCAUUAACGAAUCAAAGAUGGGCAUCGAGCAGAACCUCGUCGAAUGGGCAAAGCCUUGUUUGGGGGACAAGCGGAAACUAUACCGGAUCAUGGACACAAGGCUGGAAGGCCAGUACCUGAAGCAAGGAGCCCAUGCAGUUUCGAUGCUUGCUUUGCAAUGCAUCUCACAGGAUGCCAAACUCCGUCCUCGGAUGUCUGAUGUGUUGGCCUUGCUGGAACAACUGCAAGAUCCGAAGUCUGCAGUCUUUCCCCUGCCAGAAGAUCGGUAUAAGACCGCCAAUGUCAUCGCCAAAUCACCGAUGAAUUGUAACCUUCUGUCGUUGCACGCAGCAGCAGUUGGAUCCCCGUUGCCAUCGCAUCCGCAGACACCUCUAGUACACUAAGGGAACCAACUAGUUCAUUUCAACUAGUAAUUUUAAGUGUGUUUGAUGGGGCUGUGAUGGAGGAUUCGAAUUAGAUGAUAAAUGCUAAUGCGAGUAAUGUGAUUAUUAUGAUACAUUAAAAGAGGUGUUACUGAUUUGAUUUUCUAUCAAUUUUUCCAGGUUUUUCUUAGUCUUA